CCUUUAUCCGUGACCAAAUUUUAUCAUCUUCGUCUUCUUCCUCUUUCUUCUUCUUCUCAUUUUCUCCAGUAAAACUCUGGUCCGAUUAUGAUUUUCUGAGAAUCGCUAUUGUUCUUGGAAGAGGAAGACAAACUUAGUUUGUUGUGUGAUUAAACAAAUCAAAUCAAAUCAAGAGAAAGAAAAAAAAUGGGUUCAAAAUAUUCAAACCUUAUCAUCUUCAUCGUCAUCUGUGGAAUUGGAAUUGGUAAUUGUUCAUCAGAAACAGAAUCAGAGAUCCUCCCAACCCCAACUCCAUGGCCGCAUCAAUUCCACUCGAUCCUAAUGAUGAACUACACAGGAACACUCCAAAUCAUAGACCUAUGGUACGAUUGGAGCAACGGAAGAAACUACAACAUAAUCCAACACCAGCUAGGGAACGUUCUUUACGAUCUGGAGUGGAACAACGGCACCUCCUUCUUCUUCUACGACGACCAGCAGGAGAAGUGCAGGUCAACUCAGCUGGAGGUGGGAAUUCUCCGCCCUAAUUGGCUUGAUGGAGCUAAUUACUUAGGGCAAAGACAUGUGGAUGGGUUCUUGUGCAAUGUGUGGGAGAAAGUUGAGUUCAUAUGGUACUAUGAAGACGUUGUGAGUAAGAGACCUGUGCAUUGGGAAUUCUACACUGGGAGAAAUGCUCAUGUUAUGACAUUUGAAGUUGGUGCUGUUCUUGAAGAUUCUAAAUGGCAAGCUCCUCCUGAUUGUUUCCAAUCUGAAUCUCAUCAUCAGAAUCCAUUGACAUUGCCACAGUUUUCCAUAUCUUCUCAUAUGAUUCAUCAUCAUCGUCAUGACUCUUCUUCUUCUUCUUCUUCUUAGUCUUGUGUGAAAUUCAUGUAAUUGAUAAUACAAACUUUUCUUCAUCUCAUUCUUCUCAUGUGUAAAAUCAUGUUGUUGUAUUGCGGUGCUUAAUAAUGGUAAUGUAUCAUUGAGAAGGGGAUUUUCUUUGCAAAAC